AUGCGAAGACACAGUGCUGGUGAUUCCUUUCUGUUCGCGACAUCUCCUCUUGCGCGGCUAGGGCACGCGGCCUCCCACCGUCGGUCGUCUCUUCUUCCUCACCACCGGCCGGCAGCUCUUUCUUCUCUUCACUGCCAUUGGUCGGACCUCCAUAGCCCACCCUUCUUCUUGAUUCCAUCAGCGACAGCAGCAAGCACCGACGAUGACUCCGAGCAUCCAGGUCACCUGUACGCCAUGCACCACCCAAAGCUGCGAAGCAUGACACCCUCCGUCGCUUUUAACUUCUUCAGGAGGUUACCUAGUAAAGUCGAUAUGCUUCUCAGAUCUGCUAUUUAUAUAUCGCAUUCCCAUGUCAUCAUCGGCGCCAGGAACACCGAAGUUGCCAGUGAAGUAAAGCAUAGCAUUCUACAGAGCACCCCAUCUGCUAGAAUCAACAUCAUACAGAUAGAACUCAGUUCGCUCAUGUCCAUCCGAGCCUUCGCUGAGAAGUUUUUUGCCAUGGAUCUUCCUCUAAACAUCUUGAUAAACAAUGUCGGCGUCAUGUACUGUCCGUUUCAACUUUUGGAGGAUGGGAUAGAGAUGCAGUUUGCUACCAAUCAUGUCGGUCAUUUUCUUCUGACCAAACUUCUGCUUGACAAAAUGAAAAGCACAGCAGAGAGGACAGGAAUUGAGAGCCGUAUUGUGAAUCUGUCAUCCGAAGCUCACAUGACAACAUAUAGAAGAGGAAUAAGAUUCAACAAACUCAACGACAAAGGCUUUUGCUGAUGUGAUCCUCUGGAGGAAGAAGAAUGUAACUGUGGGAAUUCUCAUCGGUGUACUUACAUCUUGUAUCAUCUUUGAGGUAGCUGGAUAUACCCUUCUGUCGCUUGUCUCAAAUGUUCUGCUUCUCUUGAUCUCCAUCCUUUUUGUGUGGGCAAAGGCUGCCGAAGUUCUCAACAGAUACACAGUGGUAGGUGUUUUGUCCCAGUCUCAAGCCGACAAUCCUUUUUGAUCAGUAUAUCUAGUAGAAGUAAGCAUGCAGAUCGUUGUCUUCGAGGCCGACUAGCUAUUUUGUGUUUUUUUUUAUUUUAAAUUCGAAUGUCACUAUCUACUUUGAAACAGAACUAUUUAGUCUUUGUGUAUAGUUGAAUUCUCUUGUAAAUACUAAUACUUUGUAAUUGAAU